UUUCCCCCUCUCUUUCUCUUUCCUCUCUCCCCCUUUCACUCUUUCUCUCUCUCUGUCGAGCUACACAUGUCGUUCCCGAGCUUCUAGUGAUCCAGACUCCCUCUGCCCUCCGGACCUGUCUGACCCAUCCUGGUGCCCCGCUUCUGGCUGAAGAUCUCGUCACAUGGAUGCCCCGUGUGUCUCUCUGGGAUGCGUCUGCUGUCUGGGGAUGAUUCUCUUUACCUAGAAAAUGGUUCUGGCUUUGACUGGUGUUGGCAACUGUUUCUCUGGGGACUUGACAGUUCGAUAGUUCAGGACUGGAACUUCUUACAAGUCUACCUGGGUCUUCAAUAACUACCUGGACUCCAUAUUAACAUCAAUUAACAUCAGCUAUUAUAGCUGAACUGCCUGCCACCUAACACACUGUAUAAAUACUGCUUUCUGUUUCACCCAAAUGAGGAUGGGUUCCCUGUUGAGUCUGGUUCCUUUCAAGGUUUCAUCCUAUUACCAUCUCAGGGAGUUUUUCCUUGCCACUGUCAUCCUUGGCUUGCUCACCAGGGACAGACUGACCAUUUUGAUUCAUACAAAAUUUACAUUUCAUACAAACUUAAAUAAUUCUUUUGAUUGUGUAAAGCUGCUUUGCGGCAAUGAAAAUUGCUAAAAGCACUAUACAAAUAAAAUUUAAUUGAAUAGAAUAUGGGAACAUGGUCUAAAAGUGUCGUCGUGUCCUGACCGCCAAGGGUCAUUUAAAAUGUUUUAAAGUGGAAAAGUGUUCUAUGGUCAAAUGAGUCCAAAUUUUACAUUCUUGUUGGAAAUCAUGGACGCCUUGUCCUCUGGGCUAAAAAGAAGGAAGACCUUAUAGUAUAUCAUCAGCGUUAAUUUCAAAAGUCAAGCAUGGCUUCAUAGUAGAAGAGCCCAGGUGCUGAAAUGGCCUGCCUGCAGUUGAGAUCUUUCUCCUACUAUAUGAAGAACAUUUGGCGCAUCAUUAAAUGAAAAUAUGUCAAAGGAGGUCACGGACUCUUCAACAACUGGAAACCUAUAUCAGGCAAGAACGGGACCAAAUUCCAACACCAACACUCCAGUAACUCAAACUCAUUGCCCAGAUGUCUUCAAACUGUUUUGAAAAGAAGAGGAGGAUGCUACUCUAUGAUGGUCCGAAGAGGUCAAAACAACGAGAUACCGGCUACAUCAAGAGGCCCAUGAACGCCUACAUCAUUUGGGCGAGGAAACACAGGUCUGUCUUUGCCACGGCCAAUCCAACCGCCAGCCAGGGAGAGGUUAGUGAGCAGCUUGGGAUUGAGUGGAGGAAGUUAAGCGAAGAAGAGAAGAUGCCCUACUUUGCCGAGGCACAUAGACUUAAAAUGGAACACCAAAAGCAGUUUCCUGAUUGGGAGUAUAAUCCCCGUUCACGGCAAAGAAAGCAAGUCAGCGUAGUGGCAGCUCCUGAACCUACAGCCCCACAGAGCAAUCUUAUGUUCACUGGCAAUUUGCAAAAUACAGCUGAAACAGCCAGUACAGACAACUCGAGCAUAAUGGGCCUUGAUGACAACUUUUUCCGGACAGAACAAGACAUUUCAGAGUUGUACAAAUAUCUUUUCUCUGAAGACACUGACGGCAACACAGAUGCCCUGAUAUUACCACCAGUCCUGGACAUACAUGAAUUUGAGACGGAAGAGGCUGAUAGGCUGUUAAUACGAAUAUAUUAAUUUCCAAUACAUUAAGAUUCAUUUAAAUAGUCU